UCCUUCCUUCCUUCCUUCCUUCCUCCAGCCGCGCACGCCUCUCCCCUCGGCCGCCCGGACAUGCCCUGCCUUCGCCUUCUCCUCCUGGCCGGCGCCUGGGGUCUGGUCGGAGCCGUCCGGCUGGGGCCGAGGACCGAUAUGGUAAAGGUGACCUGCUCGGAAGAUGCCCUGCUCAUCUGUCCGGCCACUUGGGAGUCCCGGGCGCCCCAACCCAGAGUCUUCUGGAGCAAGCUCCACGGGAACAGUGAAGAGUUGAUCGAAGACCUGAAUCUUUAUGAACAAUCCACUUCCUUUAAAGAAAUAAAUGGGUCCCACAAUGUGUCCGGUGACAGCCUGCAUUCUCUGAAAAUCAGAAACACUUCGAGCUGGAGCACUGGAACGUACAGAUGCACUUUGUGGUCCCCAGAGGGGGAACAGAACACAACUGGUACUGUUUACCUCAAAGUGACAGGUUGCCCUAAAGAACAAAAAGACACGUUUGAAAAGCAUAAAGCAGAACUCUUGCUUUUGUUUUUUCUUGGGGUUUUCUACAUAUGGCUCAUCAUCUUUACCUGCAAAUUUGCCAAGAUACACAGCACGUUGGGUAAACGCGACUUACGCUACUCCUUUCCUGUAGUCUUGUCCCAAGAGAAGAAGGGUGGUCAGCAUCUGAAGUCAUUGACGCUUCCGAGGACGAACUUGGUCUGAAUCUUGCCGAAUACCUGGAAGCCAGACAAGGCACCGGUUUGAGGAGGACUGAUGGGUCCGAAGAUGGAUUCAGACUGGCCACAUUCUGGUGAUUGGCGACGCUGCUAUGACUCUUAGCUAUAACCGGGGCUCCUGGGUAGAGAGACUGUUAACGACGAUCAAGAAUCCAGGUCAACCCUUUGCCGACUCCCAUCAUCCACAGAUCUGGACCCGGGUUUCAAGUCCUGCUGAAAGCCCCACCCGCUGGGAUGGAUUACAACUCUACCUGGAAGCGGCAUGGCCUAAUGGAAAGGGCACAAGACUGGGAGUCAGGAGACCCUAUCGGUUGCCUGCUGUGUGGCCCUGGGCAAGUCACUUGACUUCCCUGGCCUCAGUUUCCUCAUUCAUAAAACGGAGGUUCAAUAUCUGUUCUACCUGCCCUUUAGACUGUGAGCCCAUGCGGGGCUGGGUAUGAUCCGAUUGUAUUCUGUCUAUCCUGGAACUUAUCAUAGUGUUUGGAACAGAGUAAGCCCUCAACAAAUACCGCAGUUAUUAUUUUUAUUAUUUUAUUAUUAUUAUUAUUUUUUAUCAUCAUGGUAGGGUGGAGAGUCGGGGGCUCAGGAGUCAAAGGCACCAUGAAAAUUCUCCUCCUGGGGAGGGUGAAUAUUAAUUCUUACAGCUCUUCUUUCGCUCACUCGGCAGUGCCUAAAUGAGCGGCUGUAGGGCCGUUCUCUGGUGAAAAAUGAAUACGUAGCGCUUACCACCUUCAGAGCCUUCGGUUCGUUUCCUGAGAGCAGUCAACCAGCCGCCUACCCCAUCGAAGGGGCCCCUCCGUGAAACUGCUGGAUUUCAGUGGGCCGGCCCAGAUGUUUUCUGUCUGGCAGUGAUUGACAUGCCAAGCUGUGAGAUGGUGGGAAAUAUCCAGUAAAUAACUCCCUGGUGAGAAGGCCCUGCCAUUACUGAAGAGUAUUAUGUGUUCAGAGGAAUAGCAGGUCGAUAACCAUUUCCCAACAGUGCCUUUUCACUGGGGAAGGACAUUCAUAAGGAAUCAGUGGAGAAGAAUGCGACGUUAGGAGAAAAUGUAUUUUUUUAAAAGAUUGAUUUGUUGGAGAAUGGUGUGUUGUGUGUUCUAAUCUGUGUCCUGAAUUAGACAUCCCUACACCCUGAAAGACACUCCGAACAAAGAAGUUCCUAAAGAAGAGAACACGCAACCGGGAGGUGUUUUUUAGUGUUUUGGUGUCAGCUGUGAAUGUGAAAAAGGGGAUUUUGGGGGCCCCAUUCUGUGAAUGAAAGAAGAAAGACCUUCCUCUCCGAAGCCUGGCCUCUUGGUCCCAGGGGUGAUCUACUUAGGCGAUCUACUCGGAAGUGACAAGAAAAACUGAGUUUCAGGGGGAUUCUCGAGGCUCCUGUCUCAAAUUCUAUUCUGAGGAAUGAACUGGACGGGCCGACCUGUACUCCUGAGACCCGGAGAAUAUCUCACUUCCCUCGAGUGCUGGAUGCUAUCAGAACAAGGCACGGACAUGGUUGAAUAUGCCAGAGAAUCGUCCCACCUGAUGACAGAUAUUACGGCCUGGGAGGUUGGCGGGGGCCUGUUUUGGGUCACCGUUUGGCUCGUCCUCUUUAUGCUUCGAGAAGGGUUCGCCACCCUACCUGAGGUCAAGGAGGGUGUUGCUUGGGGCCAUAUUAACUGUGAGGAGAAGCCUCCUGGAAGAAAUUGCCUCUUUUGGUUCUUUAGCAAAGCUUAUUAAAGAUGGGUAGACAGGAAUUUGUGUGUUGGAGUGAGGGGUUUUUAUUUUUUAAGCCAUUAAACCAUUAAGAAAACA